AUGUCUACACUGGGCGAUUCUGGAGUUAACACUUCACGGAAUUUACGCCUUAGACCUAGGUACGCCAUAGUGAAUGUGCCACCGCGAGCCCCUCAGCUCACUCCCAGCAGCCAACAACGUAUUCAGCAAGCACGAACACUCACCAUUUACUCUGAAUCAAGAACACCAAGAGUUCGUACCAACCAUGGAUAUCAACGUUCAGAUCUGAGAUUCGGGGCAUGGAAUUUCACCCUUUCUCUCGUUAACGAUACGAUUAUUGGUGGGUUCCAAGAACUUUUCAAAUGUCUCAACAUUUCCGUAAUUCGAACCGAUGGGAAGGUGGUGCUCAAUGAAG